AUGAAGCUGCAGCAGCAGCACCGAGGAGCGACGGGCGCAACUCCACAGUUUUAGCCGUAACUAUGAUCUCAUUCCCGGAUGUCUCCAUCCCUUCGAUCCCGUUCACUUUAGUUGUUAUGUGUUUUUCUUUGUAAGUUUUUUUUUUAAGUUAUUAUCGUUAUUAUUAUCAUUUUAGUUAGUUUUUUUUUCUUUUUUUUUUUUUUUGAAGGGGGGAGCAUGUGUUUAAUUUUGCGGGGAUUGCAGAGGUGCCAGAGGGAGUGAGUUUGGGCACUAUGCGCCGCUGGGAUCUGAUUUGCUCCAGGAAGGCUUAUGGAAUAUUAUAGCCCGGUUUUCCACAGCCUGCAUGCCUUCUGGUCCAGCCCCGUGAAGAAGAAACUUCUCCUGCUCAUCAUCAUGUUCGUAGUCUGGGUUUACAUGCUCUACUCCUGCGUGGGCUACUGCUCCACCAUGCCCGGCUUGGUGAUGGUGGACACCCCGCGGGGCAAGGAGACCGCUCCGGCGACGGGCCGGAGGUCGGACCUGGUGUCCAGACUGCUGGCCAAGCCUCAGCCCUGGGAGGACGUGGAGAGCGACUACGAGGAGCCGUCCAUCAGAACCGCGGCGUCCAGAGACCUGCUGGACGCGGAUAGAGACAGAGUUCCGGAUCCGAGCGCCAUGUCCAGCUUCUCCAACGGCUCCGGGAGCAAGAAGCUGCCGCAGGCGAUCAUCAUCGGGGUGAAGAAAGGAGGCACCCGGGCUCUGCUGGAGUUCCUGCGGGUACACCCGGACAUCAGGGCCGUGGGAGCGGAGCCGCACUUCUUCGACCGCAACUACGAGAACGGACUGGAGUGGUACAGGGAUCUGAUGCCAAAAACCCUGGAGGGCCAGAUCACCAUGGAGAAAACGCCCAGCUACUUUGUGACCAGAGAGGCCCCAGCGAGGAUAUCGGCCAUGUCCAGAGACACCAAACUGAUCGUGGUAGUGAGGGACCCCGUCACCAGAGCUAUCUCUGACUACACGCAGACUCUGUCUAAGAAGCCCGAUAUUCCCUCUUUUGAGAGUCUCACCUUCAAAAACAGGACUACGGGGCUCAUUGACACCUCAUGGAGCGCCAUCCAGAUCGGCAUCUAUGCCAAGCACCUGGACAACUGGCUGCAGUACUUCCCCAUGGACCAGAUCCUCUUUGUGAGCGGCGAGCGUCUGAUCAGCGACCCGGCCGGAGAGCUGGGCCGCGUGCAGGACUUCCUGGGCCUCAAGAGGAUCAUCACAGACAAACACUUUUACUUCAACCAGACCAAGGGAUUCCCGUGCCUCAAGAAGGCAGAGGGCAGCAGUAAGCCCCACUGCCUGGGAAAAACCAAAGGGAGAACCCAUCCGAACAUUGAUCCCGAGGUGGUGCAGAGGCUACGGGACUUCUACAGGCCCUUCAACAUGAAGUUCUACCAGAUGACAGGACAUAACUUUGGUUGGGAUUGAAGUCAAAAAAGACUUUCUUUUUUUUUUUUUGUUAUUUUCUUAUAGGAGAUUUUUUCUAUGUAAUUCAUUGGCAAAAAAAGGUGGAGAUAUUGCUAUAUAUAUGUAAAAUGUACAGAAAUCUAUUUUAUAAUAAUUUAUUUUUAUUUCUAAGCAAUUAAUUCACUAAGCUGCCUAACCAGAUUUGUACAUAACAUCUGACCCAUGUGUUGUUUUAACAUUCCUCAUCUUAGGUUGGAUUUCUCUGGCUCCCCACCUGUAGCCCUGUAAAUUCCUGGUGCUGCACAACGCAGAUGAUCAGCAACGACUGUAGUUGAAACUGUUUUAGAAUAACUACUAAGGCAGAGAUGCAUCUAUCAUCUAUCAGAAUUGCCCGAUCGAUUCCCUUGAUCAUCUCUAAUCUGUGAUCGGCAGGUCAAAUUCUAAAUUUGAUUUCUUUCCCCACUAUUAAUUAAAUGCAUCAUCACUAAAAAUUCCCUCUUUUAAAACCCAAAAUGCGCAAGCAAACUGUGUGUAUUUUGAUGCAGUUAUUUUUUGUUGUUGCAGUUUAAAGAUAAAGAUUGGAGAUACAUGGUUUUAUGCACUAAAUGGAAACAUUUUAUAAUCCCUUCAUUUUUUGUUGCUACCCAAAACUGCUACCUCUGUUUUAUAACUUUUAUGUGUUAUAACCCCUUUGUAGAAAAAUCAAGAUCGGCAUGACAGACUUAAGUAAAUAUCAGUGUCGGCUUAGAAAAGCGCAAUCGGUGCAUCUCUAUGUAAAAAGCGCCACAUUACGGGUACAGAGUGCUCACAGAGAAGUGGAGAGCACCUAUUUAUGUGCAUUCUUAGUUAUAGUUGUUGUAUAACUUCAUCCUGUCACAAUGUGCUUCAGUUCAUUUAUUUUUUCAGGAUCCUGCAUAGGCCUGAGCAGCAGAACUCGUCCUAUUCCACCCAGUAACCGGUUGAUCAAUAGACCUAAUUGAUACUCAUUGUGUCACUCACGCUUAAAGUAUACAGCUGCCCUUUUAUUUUCAGUACUCCUGCUGCCUGCUCUAAUGAGUGACCCAUCCAUCAAACAGUAAAUCCCAUCUCGGACCACGUAAGGCUCCAUGUUAACAUUAUGCUAAUCGGGUAAAGGUAACUGGCAAAUCGAUCAGGCCUCCCCGUUCACUGCUUCACUGGCUCAGAGCCAAGCUCCUGCCCUAUCUGCUCAGAGCAAAGGUCACGCAAAGUCUCAAUCAAAUUUCCUUGAGAGGCAUUUGAUUUGUUGAGGAGAGGGAAGCGGGUCAGCGGGAGUGCGUGCCUUUCUUUUCACCGUGAAAUGGAAAACCUUUUCAGGUGGCUGGAGAUGCAUAUCUGCAAGAGGUCUAGCAUACAGAUAGGAGAGAUGAGAAACACAAACGCCUCACUUAAAUGCCACUUGUUCAAACAGAAGAAGUCCAUGUGGCCCGGUUUUUGAUCACAGACUAACCAGUUCAAAGGAAUAAAAGAUUUGUUUUGUUGUUGUUGUGAAGCACUCGUGCCCCAACAUGAAGAGUCGCGCAGCGUUUCAGUGUCUAACCUGUGACACUUGAAUUUUCCAAUUCAAAAUCCCAUGUGCUUUCAUUCAUUCGUGGCUUACAUCUUCUUGCAGAAGUAUUCAUACUAGCUUUUUUUUUUUUAAGUUUUCACUUUGCAACCCCGAACUUCCAUGUGCUUUUUAUGUGACAGACCAACACAGAGUAGUGGACAAUUGUACAGUAAAUUUCAAAGAAAGAUGUGUGAUUUUCAAAAGUUUUACAAGUGAAAGUUUUUGAAGUGUGACAUGAAUUUGUGCUCAGUCAACUUCUGAGUCAAAAACGUUGUGCAAAAAUCUUUUGCUACACAUCUAGAGAAGGACUUUUGCCCACUUCUCAUAGCAAAAUAUCUGAAGUUGAGUCAAAUUUUAAUGGAAAGCAUCUAUGAGUUUUCAAGUCUUGCCACAGACUCUCAGUUGGAUUUGAGUCUCUACUUUUUCAGCCUCUUCCAGGUUCCAGGUUUUCUCAACCCAGCUUCUGCAGAAAAGAAUCCCAACAUCAUGAUGCUACCACCAUCAUGUUUCAAUGUGGGUAUAGUGUGUUCAGUUAUGUGCAUUGUUUUAUCUCAGCCUCAAAUAGCCGUUAGCAUGUAGACACACAGCACACAUAGUUUUUUUUCCUUCAUUUUGUAAUCAUUCACUACUGUUUCUUGGUCUCACACAUUAGAAAGUCACACUAAUAAUUUUAAUGUAACGCAAUGCUUAAAAGUUCAAAGGGUACAAAUACUUUUGCAAGGCACUAAAUAUACUUUAUGCCUUAUCCAUAUGUUAUAUGUUCACCUUUCACCAACGCAUCUCAACUCUCAACUUGUUGCCAAAAAAUAUUUUGAGUUGCUGUCACGUUUUACACAAUUUACUCACUAUCUGCUUUAGUUUUAUUUUUAUUUCCCUUUAGUUUGAGUUUUUGUCUUUCUACUUGAAUUCUUGAUAUGCAAGAUUGUGAGGAUGUGAAGUUACCAGUCUUUGACAUUCUGCAGCGGGGGAAUGCUACUACAAGGGCACAUGUGACAUACUGUGCAAAACUAUGCUAUGCACGCCCUGUGCAGUAGUCGUUUUUAUAAAUGCAGGAAUUAUAGGAAGGGAUUGUCAGCAUCCAGAGAGGGUUUUAUGUGUUUACAUAGAGCUCAGGCUGAAUGUACACAAGCUAUACUCACAUUAACUUUAAAGGUAAUAUUGUCACUCCACCGCCCAGUUUAUCUAUUUUUUUUUUAAAGAUUUUGUGCCUCUCUAACCAACACAAUUAGCCUGUUUCAUUUAUUUAAGCAAGUGGUCACUAAACUGGUUACUUCCCCUUUUUUCAGUUGAAACUAACUGCCUCCACCCGACAGCUGGUAGCAGGGGGAAUUUUCUUUUUCUUGUGCUUUCUUUUGCGUUCACUCUGAAUGAGUAAUGAUGCUCCAAGUGAGAACUAGUCUCCAUCAACCCUUCACUAGUGCAAUGUUUGAGCAUUUACUGAUGACUUCUCCCAUCAAACCGUCCUGUUCUGGAAGGAAAAGCCAGAUAUUUUCCUUAAGACUUAAAGGUGUUUUGCAGUUAACUCUGGAGGAUAAAACCAAUGCAGUCAUAGAUGACCUUCAGCUUGCUGCAUUGUUUAUGGUUGAGUUUUAUUCAACCUGUUCUAAGAUCUAAAACUGUUAAAAAUGUUUCUUAUCUGCAUAUGAUAUGAUUUAGACUAGCAGAUCUGUAUGUACAAAAAGAGGGAAAAGACAUGAAAUUCAAGUAUUUUGUUGUAUGUACAUCAAAGGAAUUAAUUUUACACAAUGAAAAAGCAAAAUGGAACAGAUGUUUCUAGAUGAAUCAAUAAUGAACAUUCAUAAUAUUUCUUUUUAUGAAGAAAUAAAGCAUAUAUUUUACCAAACUA